CCUUUCUUUCUUUGUAACAAAAUUAUUUUUUGUUGUACGACAAUCGGCAAAGUAGUAAAGGCGAGGAAGUAGUCUAACAUCUUCCAUUCUUUGGCUGCAUAUAAUCGAACCAUCAAAUUCACGUUAGCAACGUGCCUCCAAGACAACGAGCGACUGAUUUAUUCACGCCUUAAUGAGGGUUCUUGUCUUACGUAGUACAAUAGCAAUAAUUUUAUGCAGGAUUAUGUCAGGAAUCGCAAGUGCAACUGGCCUCUUAGAAGCACGUAUUCGACCAACCUAUCGGCCUAAACCAAAGCACGUGGAAUUGGCAGGUUUCACCAAACCAGCGCCUUUUAUUCUUAGACCUUUCUCUGGCCUUUUUAAUCCUUAUCCUUAUGGAUGUUCUAUAUUGUGUAAUCACCCAGCAGAUUGUGAAGCAAAAGAAGUUCUCAGACGUGCCAAAGAUACAUGGGCAACGGAAGGGAAGGCUUUAUUAUUACCAGAAGAAAUGGAUAUGAUUAGAGCCAGUUUGGUAGCCACAUGCAGUGCUACCGAUGUACGUGGGAAUACGGGAAAUGAAGUGACUAAUGAUGCUCCUACUGUACCUGAGGAACUGUUUCGAAAAUAUACCCAGACUGAUUCAAGACCUUUGACUCCCGCACCCACGCUCGCUAGCGGCCCUGCUUUGACAAAUCGACCGAUUCAGGAAGAACAUCCGGUGACCUGCGAUCUACGUGAACGUAUUACAUUAAUUUUAGAUCUUAGAGCCAACUCACGAAAGCAAAUGGAAAAUGAAACAUUCUCUUGGCACGCGUUGACUUUAGAACCACCGCCCACUUACCGAAAAAGUGAAAUUUUUGUAUCUAAACCCAGUUCAAAACGUACGAUGCGUACACCGAAUCCAGGGGAUAUUACAGAUACAUUUAUAAAUAUAGAGGAUGAAUUGAAUUUCAGUGAACACAUGGAAGAAGAAAAAGUUGAAAAGCCAACUAAAGAAGUUACAGUAACUCGCAGAAGAGGAAGACGAUUACGUAAAGGGAAAUGCAGAAGAGGAUCAGGCUAUGGACAACAAACAGAAGUUCGUGAUUUAUUUGAACCAACUGAUACUCAAAUCUCGCAUAUAGGCGAUGGAUCUAGGAGAACGUCGAUUCAUACGAACAGCGGGGAUGUAGAGAAUUUGGCAACCACCCCUAAGAAGAUCUCUGCAACGGAUAACAUGCCUUCUAUGAUAUUUCCUAGUUUCAUUGAUCCAGAUAUAUUGAAGCAUUUGUGCAGAGAAUUAGACAGUGACAAAGUGGAAGCAGAGUUCUCAGUUAGGAGAAAAAUCGCAUUCGAAGAAGCUCUGCGGGUAAGAGGCGAACAUUAUUCGCACUCUAGACGAUCUCAAAUAUUUUCAAACCCCGCGCUAGUUGAUACACCGCGCGUAUUUUCCCGCCAAGCAGCUCGUUUUGAAAUUCUCGGCAGUGAAAGUUUACACGGGUUAACAAUAUUGGGAUAUCUAAAUAAACACGUCUUUGUCACUUCGGGAAGAAAGUUGAUUUUCAGAAGAGUUUUCAACAAAUUCCAAGAAGAUACGAUGGGAAAUACUAAAUGCAUUUCGCCAAGCAUUAUUCUUGAAGCUCUUCAGGAUAUGAUCGGAAAACCUAUAACUCAAGAGCAAGAGGCAUAUUUAAAUCUUACGAUUGGUGAAAUUAAGGAACCGUUAAAUUUUAGAACUUGGUGCGGUUUGUGUGCUGCAGUCGAACGUUUACUCUGCCCAUUUCCUUCAAAAGAAAUUGAUCCACCUACGUGGCUCGAAAGGGUGGAUUUUGAAAGCUUGGAACGAAGACUUAAAUCCGAUAACGUGGAUCACAAGCUGGCUCAGUUUUUAAGAGAGAUUUGUAAACGAUAAUUCGUGAAAUUAUUAUAGAACAUUUGUGAACAAUUAAUUUUUUUAAAUGAAGAAAUGUAUAAAUGUGAAAAUAUUGAAUAGUAAAUUUAUAACAAAGUCUGUUUUACCAAAUGACUCACAUUUCAGAACAACUUAAUAAGUUUUCUAAUUAUAUAAAAAUAUAAUUGCAAUUACAGACAAUUAGAUCUUACCAUUUGAUAUAUAAGUCACGAUUACAUCACAUAGUGAUAUAAUUUAUAAUUGUGGUCUACUACAUUAUAUGAUAUAAUUAUAGAUUAUACAUAUAUCAAAUAAUAAUUGCUUCAUCACAUGUAUAAAUUGCAAUAAUAAUAAUUGCCAAUUAAUCUCAUCACGUGGAGAUUGCUGCAUAUAGAGACUCUAAAUACAUCCUUCCCUUAUGCAAAAAAAUUUCAAGCACAAAAUUCUCAUAGUGAUUUUAGGUAAUGAUUGAAUAAUAAAUGAAUUAUUGUUAUUCAUCGUAAGACGCUGUAAGAUAUCUUAUUAAGUUAGUCGAUAGUCAUAACUAAUUGUAAGUUAUAAGAGUCGAUACACAUGUAAUUCCUAUGUUCUCCCCUGUAGUUACGUUAGUCCAUAGUUUACGAGGAGUUUUACUCUGUGUCGAUAAGUAUGUAAACUAUAAAUAAUAUUGAAGCAAAACACAUAAAAUAAAAUUUACAUAUUGUACAAUCGACUUUACAUUGAAUAAUUACAGUUAGAUAUUUAAAAAUAAAAACAAUAUUACAAUAAAAUACCUUAAUAUCUAA